AUAAAGCACAACCAAAUGCAGCAUAAAGCCAUAUAUGAAACCCGCAUUAUUUUUCAAAUGCAGCUUUGAAGAACCUUUCUAAUUCUAAUGGAGUUUCAGUUUCAUCCAAAAUUCUACCAUCUUUUAUGCUUAUUCAUCCUCUUCCAUCAAUCCUUUCGUGCUCAAGCUGCUAACUUCAGAUAUUGCGCUGAUGUAAACUAUGCUGUGAAGGUGUCUGAAGUUGAAAUUACACCAAACCCUGUUGUGCGUGCAAGACCAACUACCUUUAAGAUUUCAGCUGUUACUGGUGAAGCUAUUUUUGGUGGGAAGUGGGUGAUUAAAGUUUCAUACAUUGGAAUACUUGUCCAUCAAGAAGUUCAUAAUCUUUGUGAGGAAGUAUCCUGUCCUGUUACUGCUGGCGAUUUCGUGGUUGCUCACACCCAGAAGUUGCCUGUAUUUGCCCCGCCGGGAUCCUACACUGUGGAGAUGAAACUAAAGAAUGAGGAGAAUGAGCCAUUAACUUGCAUCACCUUUAAAUUGAAAAUUGGUUUUGGAUCUUCUGUGUCUGAAAUCUGAAGUAGUAUCAUUGCAUUACCUAAAGCGCCGGUGUAAACUAUCUCAUAUUAAAUAUAAACAGGCAAUUCAGGAGGUAUGAUUGAUAUAGUCUAAUUUUCCUUUGAAGUAUGAAUGAUCAGAUCGACUAUGUGUCAAUGACAAAAAAACAUAUGAUACUGUCCAUAA